AUGAAUGAUGAUGAUGAAAUCAGCCUCAGAAGCUCACUUAUAGAGGAUGAACCCUCACCGGGUAUCAUAAAUGAGCCAUAAAUAGCCACUGAAAGACAACGUAUUUAGCAGAUUUUUUACAAAAGCGAUAUAGAAUAAACUGGCAACAUCACUCAGAAUGGUUCAUAGCAGAAGAUGAAUAUACAGAUUCUGCCCAAUAUUGAAAUCAAUAAAUAGAUGCUUGAAAAAUCAUGUGCCAGUGAUGACAAUUAUCAAGACUUAAUAAAUCUACCUAAAGUAUUAAAGUCUAAUGAUUCAAGAGGCUCGGAUAAGAAACUUGUUGAGAAGUCACUGCUUCAAGCUCACUAGAACAGUGAUUCAAAGAUAGAUGACACAAUGAAUUAUGAGAUAAUCGAAGAAGAUAUAAAUGAUGAAGAAGCUUAGUCGAGGAAAAUUCCUAUGAUUUUUAAAAACAACAGCAGAGAUGAUGUAGGUUAGCAUAAAUAUAAGGAGAAGCUUAAUAAUCUAAGAGGCUAUCAAGGGUAUAUAUCUAGGCAAUUGCUCGCAUUAGGCUAUGAUGAGAAUCAAAUUUUGGUAUUAAUUUAAAACUACCCUUACGCACAGUCAUUAGAAGAGGCUGUUGACUACUUGACUUUCGAUGCCAACGGUUGGACUCAUCCCUUUAUUACAUAAUCUUAAGGUUUGUUCUCUCAAAAGGUUUGUAUACUUUGCAGUGAAGAGAAGCAGACUCAUAGUGAAAGAUAAGGCAUGAAUUUCAAUCCUAUAAGAGAAAAUGAAGCAUUUCCAGAUUCAUUCACUUGUGGAAUCUGUUACAUGAAUAUAGAAGAUGAGGAACUAGUCUUAUUGAGAUGCUAGCAUGCUUAUUGUUUGACCUGUCUCAAGGAGUUUGUUAAUUUCCAAGUCAAUAAUGGACAGAUAAAGAAAUUAAUUUGUCCUCAUAGUGAUUGCCAAAUCGAAAUUAAUUUAAAAUAUUUGCAGAAACAUGUGAUGGAUGAUGAUACCUAUUCUAAGUAUUUCAAGUUUUCUAACAGAUAAGAAAUUCAUAGAAAUCCUAGAAUGAAAGGCUGUCCAACUCCUGAUUGUGAAGGCUACCUUGAGAAACCACAUAUAUCUUCUGAAACUUAAGUGAUUUGUGAUACUUGCAAAAAGUGCUAUUGCUUUAAUUGCUUGCAUACACCUCAUCCAAGUGAAACUUGUGAAUAAAAGAUAGCUAAGGAUUAUGAAGAAUGGGCUACUAUGACUGGUAAUGAUGUUGGAUUAUGCAAAAAUUGUGGAAUUAAGAUUGAAAAAGAAGGAGGAUGUCCUAAUAUGAUAUGUAAAAUAUGUAAGCAUGAAUGGUGCUGGACUUGCAAAGAAGAUUUCCCCGUUCACACACCUGAAUGUUCAAACUAUCAAUUUUAUCUAGAGAUCUUGGAGUUUUAAGGACUCAAUAAUAAUGAUACGGAUACUUGGGGCUGGUAUAAUCUAGGUACGAGGCAUGGAUUUACGUUCUGGCUUUGCUAACUUUUACUGCUUUUAAUUCUAGGAUUGCCUUUGUUAUUACUAGUUAAUGUAGCCUUGACACCAGUCUACCUGCUCAUUAUGAUUUAAACUUGUUGCAGCAUUAAUAAGCAAAAGUUUAAAACCUGGUGGGGAGUAAUCAUCACAAUAUUUGCCUUUCUAUUACUUUAUGUUGGUAUUCCAGUGAUUUUCUUUAUAUUAACCAUGCCUUAGAUCGUCAUCUUCACAUGCAAGAUUUUCAAAGAAUUGGGAAUGCUAAUGAAAAAUAGAUGCAGAUAUUAUAGGGGACAUAGUGUUUCACCCAUAAUGAAUAAAUAUUUUUUAAGGAUAGGAUUAGAUUGA